ACGACAACUGGAUGGAGUUUCAGCAGAGUCUUUUCAGAUCCUGCAUUGCUGGCCUUUCAUGGGAUUAGGCAAUCCCACUAAUAUAUUCAAAGGCACUUGCAAAUGAUGUAACUUAACUCACUAAUAAAAUUUCAGAAAUAGUAAGAGAUUUUUGUCAAAUCUUGAUGUCGUCUUCAAUUUUCAUUGGAGACUAGGUUGGCUUCAAAAUGAUUGAUGUACUUGCCGAUUCUCUCGAUAUUUCAGCCCGUAAGGUUCACUGUAAAGCUUUAUUUGGUCAAGGCCUGCAGGGUAUGUGGAAAUUUUCCCAGUUUUCCUAGCAAAACCUCAGACUUGCAUGAAUUUAAGUGGGCAAUCUUUCUUAGAAGGAGUGUGAUGGGAUUGACGUGCAACUGUGCUAUGGGACCAUUGGUCGUAGGCAUCGGGAGUGUUGCGCCAGCACGAUGCUGUCCACCCACCCCCACCUCCUCUCAAAUGGAGAAUUGGAGAUCUCUGAAAACUCCAUUUGAUGUCAGAUGUCCUGUUCCAAGAAUGGUACUCUGGUUGAUGGAAGAAAAUCAGAUUGUCCAUAAUCCAUUCAUGGAUAGAAUCAUCAAUAUAAGUGAUCAAACUUUUUUUUUUUUGUUUCGUUACAUAAUUCGCAUGAUGAUAUAUUCAGAAAUAUAUGAGCUGAUAACUGGGAUCCUUGUUCACUUGAUUGCAAACUAGUCUACUAGCAGCAUAUUACAAGCUACCUCUAAAUCCUUGGUCUUCUAUGCUUGCAGACACACGACCUGUGGACCUCAUGACUGAAUCUGUAAAAAUGUGCAGGGAGCUAGGCCACCGAUCGAUUCCAUGAUCUGAAGCUAGAAUUCAUCAAGUGAGAGCAGAAUGAAAUGACGGACUUACUGGCCAAGAAGGAACGGAGAGAAUUCCAAGGAAUUAAUAUAACUACGGAUUUUUCAUCAAAUACUCCCGGCAAAUCAUAAAAUUCACCAUUUACCCUCAAUGUUUUUUAUAUUCACCAUAUACCCCCGAGUUUUCAAAAUUGUGCACCAUCUAUCUUUUUUUCUAUGUCAUUCACUACCAAAAAUAUUGAACAUUUUCAUUUUCAACAAAAAAAAAAAGGUAGUACCAAUUUUUGUUCUAGUGUUGAUUAGAUAUUGCUCUGUACUUGCAUUGUUACUGCUAUAAGUUAGUACUAUAAAUAAUCGCCGUAAAAUUGUAGUCUCUAGCUUACAUAAGAUUAUAUCUCUCUCGGCCGAUAUCUAGCCACUAACACUUCAAUGUUGUUGUAUCAAGAGUUACAAGUAAAAAGAAUUUGAAAAUUUUAAUUUGUGAUAAAAAGCGCUGCAACUCUAAUGGUACUACAAAUGUAGUUUAUAAGGAAGUAUUUCAGAAUGUGUAAUAAGUAUUAUGAAAACUUUUAAAUUAUAUGCUUAGUUUUUCUUUCAAUAUGUUCAUAUAGUCACUCACAGUCGUUUUAUCGUCUAAUUUAUUGCA